AUGGAUCCCAGGGCACUGUCAGAGAUGCGUUUCUGCAAAAAGUUCAUCGCCGCAGCCUUGUGCCUCUUGAUUUUGCUCCCAGACUCGGGCUGUGCAAGGAACCUCUGGAAACGUGCUCUCCAUCUGAAAAUGACGGAAAAAUAUGAUGAUUAUGAGUACCCUCUUCAUUCUCACAGUGCCCACUACCAGAAGAACGACCGCUGCCCCCCGCCGCCCCAGACCCUGCCCGAGAGAGCCUGCGAGGUGCCCAGCUGCCGCUCGGACUCGGAGUGCGAGAGGCACAAGCGCUGCUGCUACAACGGCUGCAUCUACGCCUGCCUGGAGUCCGUGCAGCCACCGCCAGUUUUAGACUGGCUGGUUCAGCCCAAACCCCGCUGGCUGGGAGGAAAUGGGUGGCUUUUGGAUGGCCCUGAGGAGGUCCUACAAGCCGAGGCCUGCAGCACCACUGAGGAUGGCGAUGAGCCUCUGCACUGCCCCACGGGAUACGAGUGCCACAUCAUCAACCCCGGCAACACGGCCGAGGGAAUCCCCAACAGGGGCCAGUGCAUCAAGCUGCGUGGAAAUCCAGAUGGUCGUAACCUGAGGCAUAAGUAUUACAAGGAGUAUUUUGGGGGCAGUUCCAACAACGUGGUCGGCUACGUGAAAAACCAGCAGAAGCAUCUGGGCUAAUCCAAGGUGCUCCCGGCUGGACUACUCUGCUAAGCAGCUUUCAAGGAAUGAUUUACCCUCUAGU